AUGAAGUUAUUUCUUCUUCUGCUUUUUCUCAAAUUUUCUAUUAUUCGAGCUUGUUAUGAUGAUCAUGGUGAUUGGUGGACAUCUGAUAGGUAAAUAUCUAGUUUUAGAGUUAAAAUAUAUCUUCAAAAUCUCAAUGAAAACGGAUAUCCCUGGACAUAUAAUUCCAGUGCAAUGUCAUUUUGGAAUGCGAUGUGGAUAUCAGUUUAUGAAUACAAUUUACUUCCAUUUGCAUGUACGUAUACUGAUUAUAGCACAUUGGCUACAGAGCCUACCAUUCCUCCUAUCCAUUGCCAGCAAGAUGAUAUAAUUCUGAAUAGUCGAUGUUAUAGCUUCAAUAGGGAUGAGCUGAGUCAAAGUGAUGCUCGAGCACAAUGUGAAAUGCAAGGCAAAACUUUGGCGAUUUUUGAUAACUUUUCACAAAUUCAAUUUAUUUCUUGUGAGUUAGUUUUUUAGGGGGAAUUAAGGGUUUAAAAACCCUCCUGGACUCAAUUUUUUGUUGAACCAAGAAAUUUUUCCAGCCUAUGCCUCUUCAAAGUUUGCAACAACCUAUGCAAGCUUCUGGAUUGGUCUCCAACGUGAUUCCUCAUCUUCAUCAUUCUAUUGGCCAGAUGGAACUUCAGCAGUGCUCACAAAUUGGUCACCGGGUUAUCCAUUUGACGGCCAACUUUUUGUCGCGCAGGAAAUUUCAAGUGGCAAAUGGAAAACUUUAAGUGCCGAACAACAGCUUUUCUCUGUUUGCAGUGGAAUUGUUUCAUAA